AUGCGGUCACUAUCGUUUAUUACCUUGCUGGGUGCAAUCCCGACAAUACAGGCUCAAUUUGUUGCAGCGCCCACAAAUUUCACUGAAACGAGGGGUUACUUGGACCUUCCGGUGCGAUACAAGGAAGUUCCAACAGGAAUUUGCGAGACAGAUCCCAAUGUGAAAAGCUUCUCUGGCUAUGUGGAUGUUGAAGAGAACCAGCAUAUCUUCUUCUGGUUCUUUGAGGCGCGCAAUCAGGACCCGAAAACUGCGCCGUUGACUGUGUGGAUUAAUGGAGGCCCCGGUUCUUCUUCAAUAAUCGGACUUUUCGUAGAAAAUGGACCCUGCGGUGUCGAUAUAAAUGGGAAUGUGUACAGCAACCCAUACUCAUGGAACAAUGCAACCAACAUGCUAUACAUUGACCAACCAACUCAAACAGGCUUUUCCUACACCACCCCAGUUCCAGGAUAUACCGACCCGGAGACAGCUGAUGUGAUUGUGUUGCCCUCGAAUUCGUGCCCUGACUAUGCAGCUGACUUGGGCUGUGGCACGUAUUCAUACCCCAAUGUGAGCCUAACAGCAAACAACACACAGGCUGCGGCACCAAAUUUCUACCUCACUCUGCAGGGAUUUAUGGGGGCAUUCCCCCAGUAUUCUCGAGAAUCAUUCCAUUUCGCCACCGAGAGCUAUGGCGGUCAUUAUGGACCUGUCUUCAAUGAAUACAUCGAGGAACAGAAUCGAAACCUUCCUCAAGGUGCGAAGAAGAUCACUCUCGAGUCUGUCAUGAUUGGGAAUGGUUGGUACGAUCCGAUUAUUCAAUACCAGGCGUACUACAACUUCACAGUGUGGCCUGGAAAUACCUAUGACUAUCAUCCAUACAACGACUCCAUAGCUUCCAAGUUGUACAACAACCUCUACGGCCCUGGAAACUGUGUCGACCAGCUUCUUGACUGCAAGGCACGAGGCAUCGAUGAGAUUUGCAGUGUUGCCGACAGCUUCUGCGCUGACCAGGUCGAAUCCAUAUACGAUGAUUAUCUGGAUCGAGACGAAUAUGAUCUCCGAGAGCUGGAACCGGACCCUUUCCCAUACGAGUUUUACGUCGAUUAUCUCAAUACGCCUUCUGUGCUAGCUGCCCUUGGAGCCUACGUGAACUAUACCGAGGUUAACAAUGCCGUGUUCGAUGCGUUCAAGUCGACUGGCGAUGACGGACGUAUCAUGCAUACUGUUGAGGACCUUGGCAAACUACUAGACCAAGGUGUUACUGUUGUCAUGUACACUGGUGACGCGGAUUACAACUGUAACUGGCUGGGUGGUCAGGCCAUUUCUCUGUUGGUAAACUCUCCUGGAUUCAGCAGCGCAGGAUAUGCGAAUAUCUCGACCGACGACGGCGUUGUGCAUGGCCAGGUACGACAAUCUGGACAGUUUGCGUUCGUACGGGUCUACGAGAGCGGGCACGAGGUGCCGUUCUACCAGCCAUUGCUUGCAUUGACUAUGCUUGAGCGCAUCAUCAACGGGCUCGACGUUGCGACUGGCCAGGUCCCAGCACGCGCGGGAUACAAAACCGUCGGCCCGCUCGAGAGCACUUACAGAGAGGGCAACGGCACCAUUCAGUGGACAGUGACAAACCCAGAUGCUACGUAUAACACCACGACAGGCGCGCCAAAUCCUGUGUCGCAGGUGACAAAAAGGCGACGAUUCAAGCCGCCGGCGGGGAAAGCAAGCAAACGAUCUGUCUGA